CCUUUUCUUUUUUUCUCACCUCCAUUUUUAAAGUCCAUAUAUUAUUGCGAGAGCUCGCCGCCACUGGUCGUCGCCUCUCUCUCUCUCUCUCUCUCUCUCUCUCUCUCUCUCUCUCUCUUCGUCGAACGAUCUCUAUCUCUCUCUCGGAUUCACAGUUUGAAGAUUUAGGGUUUUGAGGCUGGGAUAGGGGGUGGCGCGAUGUCAUCCCUCAGUAGGGAGCUGGUUUUUCUGAUCCUGCAGUUUCUGGAUGAGGAGAAGUUUAAAGAGACUGUCCACAAGCUCGAGCAGGAAUCUGGUUUCUAUUUUAAUAUGAAGUAUUUUGAGGACGAGGUUCAGAAUGGCAAUUGGGACGACGUGGAGAAAUAUCUAUCUGGUUUCACCAAGGUCGAUGAUAAUAGGUAUUCGAUGAAGAUCUUCUUUGAAAUCCGGAAGCAGAAGUAUCUCGAGGCAUUGGAUAAGCAUGACCGUGCGAAGGCAGUUGAUAUACUGGUGAAGGAUUUGAAAGUCUUCGCAUCUUUUAAUGAGGAGUUAUUUAAGGAAAUCACGCAACUUUUGAUUUUAGAGAAUUUCCGGGAAAACGAACAGCUUUCCAAAUAUGGUGAUACAAAGUCAGCGAGAGCGAUAAUGCUCGUUGAGCUAAAGAAGCUCAUUGAAGCAAACCCACUAUUCCGUGACAAACUGCAGUUUCCCAACUUAAAGAAUUCCAGAUUGCGUACUCUCAUCAACCAAAGUUUAAACUGGCAGCACCAACUCUGCAAAAAUCCUAGGCCGAAUCCAGAUAUUAAAACCCUUUUUGUUGAUCAUUCUUGCGGACAACCAAAUGGUGCUCGUGCUCCAUCACCAGCCAACAAUCCGCUUCUUGGAUCCAUUCCUAAACCAGGAGGCUUUCCUCCAUUGGGUGCACAUGGGCCUUUUCAACCUACACCCGCAGCAGUUCCUACUCCCCUUGGUUGGAUGUCUAACCCUCCAGCUGUAACUCAUCCAGCUAUCUCUGGUGGAGCUAUUGGACUGGGUGCUCCUACAAAUCCUGCUGCACUAUUGAAGCAUCCUAGGACACCAACAACUGCCAACUCUACCAUAGAUUACCCGUCAGCUGAUUCUGAUCACGUAUCCAAAAGAACUAGGCCUAUUGGGAUAUCUGAUGAGGUGAACUUACCAGUGAACAUUUUGCCAGUAACCUAUCCUCAGAGUCAUAGUCAGGCAAUGUACGCACCAGAUGACUUGCCAAAAACGGUUGCACGGAUACUAAAUCAGGGUUCAGCUCCUAUGAGCAUGGAUUUUCAUCCUAUUCAGCAAACAAUUCUUCUUGUUGGUACGAAUGUGGGUGAGAUUGGAUUGUGGGAUGUUGGUACAAGGGAGAAAUUAGUUUCAAGGAAUUUCAAAGUUUGGGAACUUGCACAAUGUACCAUGAUUCUCCAGGCUGCUUUAGUUAAGGAUCCUGGUGUUUCAGUCAACCGGGUGAUAUGGUGCCCUGAUGGCUCCUUGUUUGGGGUCGCUUAUUCCAAGCAUAUUGUACAAAUAUAUUCCUAUCAUGGUGGCAAUGAUAUCAGGCAGCAUUUGGAGAUAGAUGCUCAUGUUGGUGGCGUCAAUGACAUUGCAUUUGCACACCCUAAUAAGCAGCUAAGCAUAAUAACCUGUGGAGAUGACAAGACGAUUAAGGUUUGGGAUGCCACUACUGGAACCAAGCAGCAUACAUUUGAAGGUCAUGAUGCGCCUGUUUACUCUGUCUGCCCACAUUAUAAAGAAAGCAUCCAGUUCAUCUUUUCGACUGCAUUAGAUGGAAAGAUAAAAGCUUGGUUGUACGACAAUUUGGGAUCUAGGGUUGAUUAUGAUGCUCCUGGCCACUGGUGCACAACAAUGGCCUAUAGUGCCGAUGGCACCAGGCUCUUCUCAUGUGGAACGAGCAAAGAUGGGGAAUCCUAUAUCGUGGAAUGGAAUGAGACCGAAGGAGCUGUGAAGAGAACGUAUCUAGGAUUUCGAAAACGAUCUUUGGGUGUUGUGCAGUUUGAUACUACCAGAAACCGGUAUUUAGCUGCUGGUGAUGAAUUUUUAAUCAAGUUCUGGGAUAUGGAUAACACUAAUCUCUUGACAACUAUCGAUGCUGAUGGUGGCCUUCCAGCGAGUCCAAGGAUACGCUUCAACAAAGAGGGUGCACUGUUGGCUGUUUCUACUCAUGAUAAUGGCAUCAAGAUCUUGGCAAAUGCUGAUGGACUUCGUCUGUUGCGCUCAUUAGAAAAUCGCUCUUUUGAUGCUUCUAGGGUUGUUUCAGAGUCCAUGACAAAGCCUAUGGUAAAUCCAUUAUCCGCUGCUGCUGCUGCUGCUGUUGCUGCUGCUGCUGCGGCUGCAGUUGCAACAAGUUCAGGAUUUACAGAUAGAAAUGCCCCUCCGGUUCCAGUAGCUAAUGGUGACAGCAGAAACUUGGUGGAUGUAAAACCUCGAAUUACUGAUGAGUCGAUGGAUAAAUCAAAGAUCUGGAAGCUUACUGAGAUCAAUGAACCCACACAGUGUAGAUCUUUGAGGCUGGCAGAUAACUUGAGGACGAGCAAGAUCUCAAGAUUGAUUUAUACAAAUUCUGGUGUUGCAAUAUUGGCUUUAGCAUCUAAUGCUAUUCAUUUGCUUUGGAAAUGGCCUCGCAAUGAACGGAAUUCUACUGGCAAGGCAACUGCGAGUGUUUCUCCACAACUGUGGCAACCACCGAGUGGCAUACUAAUGACUAAUGAUAUAACGGACACAAAUCCUGAAGAAGCAGUUCAUUGCUUUGCUUUAUCCAAGAAUGAUUCGUAUGUCAUGUCCGCUUCGGGAGGAAAGAUUUCUUUAUUCAAUAUGAUGACCUUCAAGACAAUGACAACAUUUAUGGCUCCACCGCCGGCAGCAACAUUUCUCGCAUUCCAUCCUCAGGACAACAAUAUAAUUGCCAUAGGAAUGGAUGACUCUACAAUUCAAAUCUAUAAUGUCCGUGUGGAUGAGGUUAAGAGCAAACUUAGAGGUCAUUCAAAGAGAAUUACUGGUCUUGCUUUCUCAAAUGUGUUGAAUGUACUCGUCUCUUCUGGAGCUGAUGCUCAGAUUUGUGUGUGGAGCACUGAUGGUUGGGAGAAGCAAAGGAGCAGAUUUUUACCCAUUCCUUCUGGCCGCACCCCGUCGAAUAUUUCUGAUACGCGAGUCCAGUUCCAUCAAGAUCAAGUACACUUCCUUGCUGUCCAUGAGACCCAGCUUGCCAUAUAUGAAACCACUAAAUUAGAAUGCGUCAAGCAGUGGUCCGUUCGAGAGAAUGCUGCACCAAUUUCGCAUGCCACAUUCUCAUGCGACAGUCAACUGGUAUAUGCCAGCUUCCUGGAUGCUACUGUGUGCAUAUUUAAUGCAUCGCACCUGAGAUUGAGAUGCCGAGUUCUCCCAGCAGCUUAUCUUCCACCCAAUGUCAGGUUUUCCAGCGCGAAUGUGCAUCCACUUGUGAUCACCGCCCAUCCAUCCGAGCCGAACCAAUUUGCCUUGGGCCUAACUGACGGCGGCGUGCAUGUAUUGGAGCCCUUAGAAUCCGAAGGCAAAUGGGGAGUACCUCCGCCUGCCGAGAACGGAUCGACAAGCAGCUUGUCCACACCACCCCCUGCUGGAGCCUCGAGUUCUGAUCAACCGCAGAGGUGAUCGAACAACCCGCGAGCAGCAUAAUCUCUAAUCCUUAUCUAUAUUAUCACCUUAAAUAGUUUGAGUUGCUGAGUGGGUUGGGAAAAAUAGCAGGUGUAGAUGGCUGGAUGGGCUUAAUUUAGAUAAAUUUUGGCCAUUUAUGCUCUUUGUUGUCUGAGAUGUUUCAUAUAUAUUGGGUGUAAGGAAGUAAAUAUUUAGUAGUGAUCAAAUAUUAUGUGUAUGUGCUAGAUGUGUUUCCUUUUUGGCAUGGAUGAGUUUAACAUCUCAAAAUUAGAUACUUUGUCUCAAAAUUAGAUACUUUGUCCUCCUCUGCUGCAUGAUAUGUCAUGUAUGCUCUGAAAUGCUACACCAGUUAUUAGGGUUUUGAAACA